GGAUGCACUCUCAACCGUCGCUCCACGCGCGUUUGUAUUGGUAUUGUUUACCCGGCGUAAUCUCAGCGGCUGUUAUUGUCUAAACACCAGGCCCACACGUAACAUGAAGUCCCUUUGGCAGCAGCUCGUCCGCCAGCGCCAGUACGCCACCGAUGCGGCCGGCGCCGCCCGCAAAUGGAUCUACGCGAAAGCGUUCCAGGGCGAACCGCACCACGGGAACUUCCGGCUGGAGACGGAACCACUGCCCGCGACCCUCCAGCCGGGCGAGUUUCUCGCCCAAGCCGAAUACCUGUCCGUCGAUCCGUACAUGCGCCCGUACAUGCUCGCCUACCCGGAGGGAUCGCUCAUGAUCGGCGGCCAGAUUGCGCGGGUAACGCGCAGCGAGAACGCCCACUUCCCGGUCGGCGCGACCGUGUUCGGCCAGUUCGGCUGGCGCACGCACACCGUCUGCGAUCCGGCCCGGCUCGAGAAGGACAAACCGUACGUGCUGCCGGAUUUCGGCGGGCUGCCGACAAGCCUCGGCCUCGGCAUACUGGGCAUGCCGGGCAACACGGCGUACUUCGGGCUGCAGGAGCUCUGCCAGCCGCAGCCGGGCGAAACGGUGGUGGUGAGCGGGGCGGCCGGCGCCGUCGGCAGUGUGGUGGGCCAGAUCGCGAAGAUUAAGGGCUGCCGGGCGGUCGGCAUCGCGGGCACGGAGGAAAAGUGCGAGUGGCUGCGGAAGAUCGGCUUCGACGCCGCGAUCAACUACAAGCGGAACGAUGUGUACGGCGAGCUGAAGAAGGCGGCACCGCGCGGGGUGGACUGCUACUUCGACAAUGUCGGCGGCAGCGUGACCGAGACGGUGCUGAAGCAGAUGAACGUGUACGGGCGGAUCGCGGUGUGCGGCGCGAUCUCGAACUACAACAGCGCGGUCGGCAAGGUGACCGACCCGCAGCGCCAGUUCGUGUUCAAGCAGCUGCGCAUGGAGGGGUUCCUGGUGUGGCGCUGGAACGACCGGUGGCUGGAGGGCAUCGAGGGCAACCUGCGCUGGAUACGGGAGGGCCGGCUGGCGUACGAGGAAACGGUCACCGAGGGGUUUGAGCGGAUGCCGGACGCGUUCAUCGAUAUGCUGCGGGGCGGCAACACCGGUAAGGCUGUGGUGAAGGUGUGAUGGAGGGGAAGGGAAGUGCGCCUGUGUGUGCGUGUGGCAUUACGCGCCUUUAACCUUUGUGUUAAGGAUCACGCAAUUUUGCAUUUUUAUUUUUCGCUUUGUGAAGUAAUGUUGUAUCCAAUUGCUAUUUUAAAUUUGAAUGCUUGAGUUAAUCCAUCAAAUUGUUGAAAAAAAAGAAACUUUAAAACCAA